UAUUAGAUAGAGCGUGUCCUGGGCCUACUGUAGACCGGCAUAAGUAAGACAGUACACCUUUCCAUGAAACGUUCCUGGCAACGUGGGCAAGUCCCAUUAAAUUUUGUCGUCGUCGAUAUCAGUGUUAUCGUCCCAUCGAAUGAAACAUAUGGCACAGAACCCUUUAUCACUGUUUAGUUCGUCAGCUUUGACAGCUCUCGCGAUGCGCAUCCUCUUCUGAUUCCGCCGGACCUCUUCGCUCAUGACUUCAAUGUACUGAAACAGUACCAUAUUCAACAAGAACUCCUUCACUUGUUCGAAUCCGACCACUCCACUGCUGAAACUCUUCUCUCGAGUCCUCUCAAGCGGUAUAGCGGUCGGAUUGUCUAUCCAUAUUCAACACGAACUCCUUCACUUGUUCGAAUCCGACCACUCCACUGCUGA